AUGUCACCGAUAGGUUUACUUGCCGGGAUGUGGGAAUUCCCGAGUGUUGAAUUGCCAGCCGAUGCGAAGUCGACAACUGCGCUGAGGAGGAAGCUGAUUAAUACGCAUUGCAAGGAAGACCUGCAGACGGAUAUAGUCGGGUAUAAAACCCGACAAGAGAUGGGGGAGGUAUUGCACAAGUUCUCGCACAUCCACAACACCUACCACGUCGAGCUCAUAUGCUUUGCUGAAGCAAUCUACCUACAGAACAACGGCAACGACACCAGCCGCACGUUCCAAUGGGUGCCACUGGAGGACAUGGAGAAGUUAGCCCUGUCCACGGCAAUGCGGAAAGUGCUGAAGUUGGCAGAGGGUACCACAAAACAAAAAUCAGGUCAGAAUCAAAAAUCGGGAGGGAAAGAUGAGAAAUCGUCCCUGAAGCAGCCCAAAUUAACAGCCAUGUUCGUCAGAAAAGCUAAGGGCUGAAUGGGGGGAGGGGGGGUUUCGAGUAUCGAAUUUCCCAAGUUAUUUUCCGAUGAAUUGUAUUUCCGGGACCGGUAAUGGCUUAUUCAGGGACCUCUAACGGUUCAUGCCGUGUUCAUAAUAGUUUUGCACACGCAAAGCUCUGACUGCGUUAACGUGCACAGACGCACGAUCGACUGAACGAUGCUAAUAUGUGCGAGUACUAGUAUAAGCCAUGUAUUUUCUCGAGCAUGGCGUAUAGCUGUGCACACGAGAUUAGUCGGUGACAUACGACAAGUAUACCGAUGUUGUAAACACGGGUGUCUACGGGCAACGAGUCGUACGCGACUGUUGAAUAAAACCGCAGAACGCCCACCAAAUAAAAUUGGUUUUAGAAAUGUG